AUGUCUUCAGAGAGCUGGCCGCCACCACUGAAAGAAUGGGUCGCAAAAUGCCUUGGGCAGAUGACAGAUACAAAUCGGACAGAGGCCCAAGCUGAGUUAAGGCAGGUAAUUGCUGAUGCUUUCGUGAACAAGACGCUGUGGACUACGGACUGGGCGGGGGUGCAAUUGCAGAGUAUCCCAAUUUUGAGUUUAUUGCCUAAGCCUUCGCCGAGUAUGAACAUCCUCAAUAAUCUGAAGCGCAAAAUUAACGAUGGCGCGGCCACAAGCAACAAGAAAACUAAGAAGAUAUCUCUUGCGAAAACUGGAGCAUCUAACGCGUUGGAUCCCAACGAUCUGGCUGCACUCAAUCGUCGGGCUGCACGAUUUCAGCGGGAGCACGAGAUCGAACGCCAGAAAGGACUGCAGAGCAUAGGUCAUGCGCAUCACCACUUUUCUAAUUCUCAUUUCACAUCCCGCACGGAUUCACCCUUUGAUGCCGACGAACCAGAGGCAAAUUCUAACGUGCCCAACUGGGACCGUUUCACAAUUGUCGGUACAUCUCAGGAAACAUUCAAGGACUAUCUUCGUUUGACUUCCGCGAGUAUAAGUAUCAACGAGCCUAAACCUGAACAGAUACGACCGUAUUCAGUCCUUCAAGAAACACUGAAUCAGCUCAAGAAGCGAUGGCGCGAAAAAGCCAACUACAGCUGGAUCUGUUCUCAGUUCAAGAGUCUGCGACAAGAUCUCACCGUGCAACGAAUAAAGAACGAAUUCACUGUCGCUGUCUAUGAAAUCCAUGCUCGGAUGGCUCUGGAAGUUGGCGAUAUGGUGGAAUACAAUCAAUGUCAAGCCAUGCUUCGUAAUCUUUACGAGCUUGGCAUUCCAGGAAAAGUUGAGGAAUUUACUGCAUAUCGCAUCCUCAUGCUGCUCCACGGGCGCAAUAGAAGUGGUCAGCUAACCGACAGACAGAAAACCGAUCCAGCCGUCCGCCAUGCCUUGGAUGUACAAAGAGCCUUGGCUAUGGGGAAUUAUCACUCGCUUUUUGAUUUAUACUUAAAUGCUCCAAAUAUGGGGGCAUACAUUAUGGACCAUUUCAUCGAUAGGGAGCGAAUACGUGCAUUGAUGGUCAUGACAAAAUCAUACCGAACACUUUCGUUGUCAUUUAUACAAAAUGAGCUAGCAUUCGAGACUCCUGCCACAGCUCGUGAAUUCCUCUCUGAGCACAGAGCAGGGACCUUCCAGAACCCAAAUUCUCCUGAUUCAGAAAAGAUCGUCGAUUGUAAACCAGCAGCAGCUCCACUCGCACAGAUAUUUGAGGAGAAAUAUCGUAAAGUUCAAAUUAAGGGCGCUGUAUAG